ACGGUGUGGCUCCUUUGGGGGGAGAGAGACAGGGAGGGGGAGAGAGACAGGGAGGGGGAGGAGGGAGCAGUGAAAGGAGGAGGAGGAGGACAGAAGGAGGUGAGGUGAGGAGGGCCACUCAGUCAUUGUUACCACCUCGAGGACCGGCUCGGACCUCGCAGCUGCUCGUCUGCUUCAGGAAACCCGUUCAGAGACCCAUCAGUGGCAGUUUGCAUCCUGGUCGUCCAGUAAGGAAGCUGAAGGAGGACUAAAACACUUGGAUGUUCUGGAAUCUGGACGGCGAUGGAUGCAUCCGGCCUCAGCUCCGCCCGUGUUGGAUUAUGCGGCCCGACCGGGGCGCUUUCCCCAUGAACGGAGCAGAUCUGCCUCUUUAGCGGUCCGUCCUCCCUGUGAAUGCGCCUCAUCCGUGCGUGGAUCAGCAUGGACGCGCUGUGGGUGCUCGCCGUGUCCAUGCUGACGGCGUGCGUCGCCAUCCCCAUGGAUGCGGCAGCCGGCAGCCACAGCCUCUUCACCUGCGAGCCCAUCACCCUGCGCAUGUGUCAGGAGCUGCCGUACAACUCCACCUUCAUGCCCAACAUAAUGAACCAUUACGACCAGCAGACCGCCGCCCUCGCCAUGGAGCCGUUCCAUCCCAUGGUGAACCUGCGGUGCUCUCCGGACCUGCGCAUGUUCCUCUGUGCGCUCUACACCCCCGUCUGCACCGAGUAUGGCCGCAUGACGCUACCGUGCCGCCGCCUCUGCCUGCAGGCCAAGAGCGACUGCUACAAGCUGAUGGAGAUGUUUGGGGUCGGCUGGCCGGAGGAGAUGGAUUGCACCAGGUUCCCAGACUGCGACGACCCGUACCCCCGUCCCGCUGACCUCCUGUCCAGCGCCGACACCACAGAUUCCCCCAUCUCCGUGCAGAGGGACUACGGUUUCUGGUGUCCUCGCGAGCUGAAGAUCGGCCCGGAGCUCGGCUACUCCUUCAUGGGGGUGCGAGACUGCUCCCCCCCGUGUCCCAACAUGUACUUCACCCGGGAGGAGCUGGCUUUCGCCCGCUACUUCAUCGGCGUGGUGUCCAUCGUCUGCCUGUCCGCCACCCUCUUCACAUUCCUGACGUUCCUGAUCGACGUGUCGCGCUUCCGUUACCCGGAGCGGCCCAUCAUCUUCUACGCCGUGUGCUAUAUGAUGGUGUCCCUGGUCUUCUUCCUGGGCUUCCUGCUGGAGAACACAGUUUCCUGUAACGCGGCGAGUCCCGGGAAGUUCCGGGCCUCCACGAUAACUCAAGGCUCCCACAACAAGGCCUGCACCCUCCUCUUCAUGGUUCUGUACUUCUUCACCAUGGCGGGCAGCGUCUGGUGGGUCAUCCUCACCAUCACCUGGUUCCUGGCUGCCGUCCCCAAGUGGGGCAGCGAGGCCAUAGAGAAGAAGGCUCUGCUCUUCCACGCCUGCGCCUGGGGUGUCCCCGGCGUCCUCACCGUCACGCUGCUCGCCAUGAACAAGAUCGAGGGGGACGGCGUGAGCGGCGUCUGCUUUGUGGGGCUUUACGACCUGACGGCCCUGCGCUGGUUCCUUCUGGCGCCGCUGGGACUGGAUGUUGUGGUGGGCGUUGUGCUGCUGCUGGCAGGCAUCGCGGCGCUCAACCGCGUCCGCAUGGAAAUCCCGCUGGAGAAGGAGAACCAGGAGAAGCUGGUGAAGUUCAUGAUCCGGAUCGGCGUCUUCUCCGUGCUCUACCUGGUUCCCCUGCUGACCGUUCUGGCCUGCUACCUCUACGAGAGCAGCUACCGCGCUCUCUGGGAGACCACCUGGGUGCAGCGGGAGUGCCGGCGCUACCACAUACCCUGCCCUUACCAGGUUGAGCACACGAGCCAUCCUGACCUGGUGCUCUUCCUCAUCAAGUACCUGAUGAUGCUGGUGGUGGGAAUCCCGUCCGUGUUCUGGGUCGGCAGCAAGAAGACCUGCUUCGAGUGGGCGAGCUUCUUCAACGGGAAAAGACGCAAACAUAGUGGGAUGGUCAACGACAGCAGACAGGUGCUCCAGGAGCCAGACUUUGCCCAGCUGCUCUACAGAGACCCCAACACCCCCAUCGUGAGGAAGUCGAGGGGCACGUCUACUCAGGGGACCUCCACCCACGCCUCCUCCACCCACCUGGCCAUGCUGGACGAGCCGCCCAGCGGCAGCACCAGCCGGGCCGGUUCGGUGCGCAGCGCUCGCUCCAAGAUGAGCAGUUACCACGGCAGCCUGCACCGCUCCCGGGACGGCAGGUACACGGGCUCCAGCUUCCGGGCGCUGGAUGAGCGGCCGCCCUUUGGAAGCCUGCCGCGCCUCAACGACCAGUCCAGAAACUGCAGCACCAACCGGCUGGACGGCCUCUCCAGGCACGGCUCCACCCUGAGGCUGGAGAGUCAGUCGCAGCACAGCAGCAUCAGGGACCUGAGCGCCGCCGCACAGGCGGUGCUGUCCGGAAACGGAAUACGCAGAGUGAUGGAGGAGGACGGAGCCUAAGCCCCGCCUCCAGCUGAACAGGUGGAGGUUUGUGAAGCGUUGAGACCAAAAACCCAAAUCGGACUUUUUUGUUUGGACAAACAGACUCUGAGACAUGAAGACGGACGCGUCUGAGCCGGUGAAGAACAAAAUGUGAAGGACUCUGAACCUGCACUCCUGCAGACCUGAAGUAUGAGUUUCCCUUUUGAGGACUUUUCUGUCCAGUUUGUUUUUUUUAUUUGCUUCUUUUAAUGAGCUGUAAAAUAUGGUAGCCCUGAAGUCCAAAUUACAACCUCAAAUCACUUAAUGCAAAAAAAAUAUUUAAAAUGACUAAAAACAUUACAUUUUAGAAACCAAAACAAAUAUUUCAGAAAACAAGUAAUUUCCAGAAAUUCAUUUUGUCACAAUUCAUAUUGAUUUCAGGAAGUUACUUUUAGUUUCAUUUUUAGUUUGUCUCAUUUAUUAUCAUUUAUUAAUUAUUUUUUUAGUUUCUAGAUUUUUGUUUUGAUUUCUAAAUUUUUUUUAUGAUUUUGCGCUUAGAAAUCUGUGGAAGUGAUUUUGGACUUCAGGGCCACCGUAGUAAACCGCAGCACCAUCUGGCAUUGAUGCGAAAAAGGGAAAAGUUGAAAUUCAAACUCUUGUUUUACAUUUAGAUAAAACUAAAGGAUUAAAAGACAUUUAACGUAGCUUUUCCGUCUGAACGUUUGAUCUUGUAGCUGCUGUAAAAGAAAAUCUCUUUUCUAAUAAAGAUGUUUUCUAUGGAGAAAUAACCACACGGACACUCGCGUCGUGUUUGUAACAGCCCUCCGCUUUAUUGAAAUACACCGGAGUUGGGUUAAUAUAAUGAGUUCUCCACAUCGCCGUGGCAACCAGUUUCAUACAUUGUUUUUUUUGUUUGUUUUGACCUUACACCUUAAAUAUUUUUUGUGCAAAAGAAUCUACAUCGCCUGUAGUGGGUUAUCCUCAAAAAACAAAUAAACGCCCAUAAAGUAAAACCGAAAAAAACAAAACAAAAAA